AUGGAGCGCGGCGACUGCCAGUUCAUGGUGGUGCCGCCGCGCCACCAGUACGAGGAGGAUCACCAGUUCAUGCACCAGCUGAUGGUGGCGGCCGCGGGGACCAGCAGGACCCCAACGCGGGCUCCGCGGGCCGGGAGCCGCCGGUGGCGGUGGCGACGGGGAGAGGAAUUCGAAGCGGCGGUUCACGGAGGAGCAGGUGCGGUCGCUGGAGACGACGUUCCACGCGCGGCGCGCCAAGCUGGAGCCCCGGAGAAGGCGGAGCUGGCGCGGGAGCUGGGCCUGCAGCCGCGCCAGGUGGCCAUCUGGUUCCAGAACAAGCGCGCGCGGUGGCGCUCCAAGCAGCUCGAGCACGACUACGCCGCGCCCGGGCGCACUUCUGAGCUUCCGCUGACGAUCGAUGUCUUGUCGAUUGUUGAUUUCCAGGUGGAUGAGCUGAGGGGGAGGCUGAGCGAGCGGCAAGACCAGAGCGGCAGCUGCGAGGUCAACGACAAGAGGAAUAGCACCACCAGCUCCCUGGUGCAGGAGGAUGGCGCCACGCCGCCGUCUCUAGUAGACGCCUCCGAGGACUCGGCGGCGACCGAGUACGACUAUGACCACAUGGCAUACGAGGGCCUGCACGAUCCCUUCUUCUGCGCCACUCCGGAUCUGUGGGAUACAUGGCCGCUGCUGGAGUGGAACGCGGUGGCAUGA